AGCAUCCUCAGAAUGCUCAAGAGCUAAGCAACCAAAAAAAAGCCCAACAAACACAAAAUUGAUACUGCUAUUAUUAUAAACUUUUAUUAAGAGAAAGAGAACAAAAAGAAAUAGGAGAGAGAGGAGACGACGGCGAAGAGGAGGAGAUAAGCGGCGGAGCCACCCCAAUCACCAUUAUUCUUUUCUCUUUAACGGCGAUCGAGUCAUAACUCUGGUUUUUUGAAUUUUUGGAAAUUUUUUAUUAUUCACAUUACUGAAACUAAAAACCCUUUUUUUCAUCAUUUACAUUCCCAUUUUACCCCUUUGGCUUGUUUUUGAUCAUCAUCUGAAGCCCUAUGGCUAGUAGCACUGUUAACACUAACGUCGUCAAUAACUCCUCGAUAACAUCAACAACCGCCGCGCCUGUUACCGCCGGCGAAAUGAUCAAUAGUACUAGUAACAAUAUUAACAAUAAUACGCGCCACCGCGUCGGAGCUACCGGUGGUUCAAGAGCACCGUCUUCAUCUCCGUGGACACAAAUUGUGCGCGGCGAUUCUUCAGAUGUGAUCGCAACUGCAGCAGUUGUACCAGCCGCGGUGACUCCUCCUUUGCCGUUGUCAUCUUCGGCGGAGAGAGAUGAGGGUGAGGAAUCGGCGGCGGCGGGGGUGGGGGAAGAGGAGGGAAGUGAACAUGCAGGGAAUGCAGGUAAGAGGCAGGCGUGGAAUAAGCAGGUGGCGGCAACGACUUCGAGUGGGAUUAAUGGGGGAUUGGAGGUAGGGAUUGGGACUGUGAUGGGAGCUGUUUCAUGGCCCGCGUUAUCUGAGUCUGCAGCGGCUAGGGUUUCAGGCAAACAAGAUUUGAUAUCAUCAUCGUCACCAUCAUUUUUGUCUACGAAAGGAAUUCUAUCUGAUGGAUCAUCUUCAUCAUUAUUGUCAUCUGUUGCUUCACUUUCGCAGGGAAGUGGAACUUCUAGUUUAUCUCCACAGAAGCAUGGUAGUCACAAUUCAAACCUUAAUUCAACUCCAGUUCAUACAGUGCCAACACGUCAAAGAUCAAUGAAGCGCAAUGGUGUUGGUAAUGCUUCUUCUUCUUCCUUUUCUUCUUCUUCUUCUAAUGGCAGCGCUUCUCAGCCACCAGGAACUCAACAGACCCAGAUAGGGGAAGCCCAUUUAAAUAGCCCUUCUCAUAGGGACCACACUGGACAAAGGAAUUCACAAUCCCGUAAUGCUAACAUUAACAAUGAUCACCCCCAGCAGCAGCAGCGCAAUUCUUUUAGGCGCAAUGGUGGUGGCCCACAUAUGCGUGAUGGUUCUCACCAUCAUAGCUAUGGAGGCAGGCGUGAUCAAGAUCGUACAAAUCAAGACUGGAACAAUCACCGAAAUUUCAGUGGUAGAGAUGGACAUAUGCAGCCACCAAGAGUUGUCCCUAGGGUUAUGAGGCAUCCAACACCGCCAGCAACUACUAGCGCCCCAUUUGUUCCACCCCCAUCAAUGCGGUCUUUUAGUGGCCCCUUAGGGUUCUCUGAAGUAGCAACUCCUAUGUAUUAUCUUGCUGGUCCACAUCCAGACGCUUUGAGAGGUGUGCCUUUUUUUACGGUACCACCUAUGUAUUUUCAUGCUCCAGAUCUUCAGUUGCAUGCAAAGUUAAUGGCUCAGAUAGAGUACUACUUCAGUAAUGAAAAUUUAAUUAAAGAUACAUUCUUGCGGCAGAAAAUGGAUGACCAGGGCUGGGUGCCUAUUAAAUUAAUAGCAAGCUUCAAAAAAGUUUCAAAUCUGUCCGACAAUAUGCAGCUUAUUUUGGAUUCUGUAAGAAGCUCACAUGUUGUGGAAGUACAGGGUGACAAAGUGAGGAGGCGAAAUGAUUGGAUGAGAUGGGUGAUGCCAACUUCUGCUCAGUUCCCAAGUGUUUCAGGUCCUUCAAUGCUGGCUGUCCAUUUCCAGGGUGUUUCAUUGGAGGAGAAUACCACUACCCAAAAUAGUGGAUGGAAUCAAAUGAAUUUUCAAAGUGAGUUGUUUCUUGGUAACAGUCAGUCACAGUUACCCAGCUCUGGAGGAACUGGCCAAAUUACUAUCCAAGGUACAUCAGAUUCAUCUACUUCAGUGAGUAGUCUGAGUACAUAAAUUGUUCCCUUUAUCUUCUAAAACUUUCAGAGGAAAGUGGGGAGAGGGCUUUGGUCGCAGGUGGAUAUCUCUUGUUUUCUUGAUGAUAGUAGUCUUUGCCUUGGCAUGAUGAAACAUAGUUUCUCGUGGGGCAAUUAGAAAGAAACAAAAGAAAACAACUUUCUAUAUACUCAAGAAACUCUGCGAGGGAAAAAAUCAAAAAAUCUAAAAUGAAAAAAAAAAAACCAAAAAAUGAAAAAAAGAAAAAAAAAACUUUUAUGACUAGAGGUAGUAGCAUGAGUUCAUUGGGAUGCAUGUGCGAUUUUUUGUGGUAGGUAUUGCAUUUUCAUCCCAUAAUUAUGUGGUGACCUGUUUGGUGUUAUUAAUGGGGAACUUUUUGUUUUUUGGUGGUUUUACGUCCGUGUACUGCUCCACAACUGGUUUUUAAAAUUGUCUGGGGUCAGAUACCCUUGAUUCUGGGAGAGAAACAUAUGAUUUCUGAUUUCUGAGAGAUGGAACAAAGGAAACGCACGGCUUUGGUCUUUUGGCUGCAUACGAGGAAAAUGUUGAAAUCGCUGUUACGGGAAAUGGAGCUCAUGCUACAUCUCCGGUUGCUCUAAUUUUUGGUCACAUAAUCUGAUGGUUUAGGUUUAUCUUUAUUUAUCACACAAUAUGUUUAGAACUGCAUUUAUAUGUAUACCUUCUUCAAACCUUUUGAAGUCACUUCAUAAGAUGGUCGUUUUGAAACCAUUAUAUCAUCCAGUCUAGAACUGGAUGUGAUCGGCAUAAUAUGUUAAUUUAAAGGAUAUGGAGAUUGUUGAUUUUGACCCCUUCCCUUAAUUAUUCAAUUUUAUUGUUUGUUGCUUUGCUGACUAA